GAUACUAUGGGGUCAUAACGAAAAACUGAAAUAAAAUAGGUGGGGAUUUAUGAGAGGGAGUAUUUUUCACCCUCUAGAAACAUCUCCUUCAAAACGCAAACACUCCUCCGUUCUUCUCCUAGUUCGAAUCAGCCAUCGUCGCCACCGUGCCAUUCCACCGCCAUUCUACGACGUUGUUGAAGGGAAAAAGAAGCUCUGAUUUGAGGCAGCAAUGGCGACUGUUAUGCAGAAAAUCAAAGACAUCGAAGAUGAGAUGGCAAAGACACAGAAAAAUAAAGCUACCGCACAUCAUCUGGGUUUGCUCAAAGCUAAACUGGCAAAACUUCGAAGAGAGCUACUUACUCCGUCAUCGAAAGGAGGUGGUGGUGCAGGAGAGGGAUUUGAUGUUACAAAAAGUGGAGAUUCUAGAGUCGGUCUAGUUGGGUUUCCUUCUGUUGGGAAAUCUACUCUUUUGAAUAAGUUAACUGGAACUUUUUCUGAGGUUGCUUCAUAUGAGUUCACAACAUUAACUUGCAUUCCAGGAGUGAUAACAUAUCGAGGAGCUAAGAUUCAGUUGCUGGAUCUACCUGGAAUUAUAGAGGGUGCCAAAGAUGGGAAGGGGAGAGGAAGACAGGUGAUCAGUACUGCAAGGACGUGCAAUUGUAUUCUGAUAGUGCUAGAUGCAAUAAAACCAAUCACUCACAAACGACUGAUUGAAAAGGAGCUUGAAGGAUUUGGUAUUAGAUUGAACAAAGAACCACCCAAUUUGACAUUUAGAAAGAAGGACAAGGGAGGGAUCAAUCUUACAUCAACAGUCACAAAUACGAAUCUGGAUUUGGACACAGUGAAGGCAAUAUGUAGCGAAUACCGAAUACAUAAUGCUGAUAUUACUCUUCGAUAUGAUGCAACAGCUGAUGACCUCAUCGAUGUCAUUGAGGGUAGCCGAGUCUACAUGCCAUGUAUCUAUGUUGUCAACAAGAUUGAUCAAAUUACACUUGAGGAGCUUGAGAUUCUAGAUAAGCUUCCGCACUACUGCCCAAUCAGUGCCCACCUGGAGUGGAACCUAGAUGGUUUGCUGGAGAAGAUCUGGGAAUAUCUUAAUCUAACACGUGUUUACACCAAGCCCAAGGGAAUGAAUCCUGAUUAUGAGGAUCCUGUGAUAUUGUCAUCAAAGAGGAGAACCGUAGAGGACUUCUGUGAGCGGAUCCACAAGGACAUGAUCAAGCAAUUUAAGUAUGCGUUGGUUUGGGGUUCUAGUGCGAAACAUAAGCCUCAGAGGGUUGGAAAGGAGCAUGAGUUGGAAGAUGAAGAUGUCGUGCAGAUCAUCAAAAAAGUGUGAAUGGAGAAACCUGUUUCAUGCAUCGUUUUGUACCUGUUAGCUGACUGUCAGCGAAAGAUGUAGCUUGUCAUGUAAUUAUGUCCCUUUUUUUGGCAAGCUAUUCUUGGGGCCAAUGAGAUCAUAUAUUACACUAAAGCCUUCAGGUUGGUUUGUCUGGAAGAGUUCAUUGGAUUGUGAUCUCUGCCUUUUGACAAUGUAGCUUGUAACUGAAAAACAUGUUUUCGGGGUUUUUUCUUGAUGACUAGCAUGUGAUCUACUUGUUUGGUCUCCCUAGGAUCUGAAGAGAUUUUGGUUUUGUUGUGCACUUUUUUGUUUGCAGGAGUGUGUUCUUUGUCUCUUUCUAAUAUACAUUGAACUGCAUGUAUGUAUGUUCAUCAUCUUGAAAAUGUCAGACAUUAGAGACGCCUUACCAGUUAAAACUCAAUUUCUCCCAGGACUCAGAAAGGUUUGGACAGCCUAAAUUACCUUGAGAAGAAAAUACACUAUACGCUUCAUAGUAACAGUUCAGUUAGCUCAACCAUUUUAGAUCAACAAAGGACUUUUUAACAGGUGACGCAAGGAAUGGUCUCCAAUGAAAAAUGUUUUUUUGUGGGCUUCUUAUGGUUUAAGAAUGAUAGUACUAAUGCUGCUUAAGCAUUCUUUUUUUACAAAUCGAAGCGCUAAAAGACUGAAUCUCAGAAGAUCGUGGCAGCAAGGCCACUCUACCCUUUACAAUAUCCUGUCGCGUAUUUAAGUCGUCUGCAAAGAAUUUUACAUGCCGCUUGGUGGAAUUGCACUAUUGGGCGGAUAAUUCGGCGCUUCCGCCGGAUUUAAUGCUUC